AUGCCUCCUAGUCCAUUCGUUUUGGUGACUCCAGGCGCCACCCGCGGCCUGGGUCUAGCACUCACCCGCCAAUUUCUUCGCACCACGAACAUUCCGGUCUAUGCAACCACCCGUCGCGAAGGCGAAGACGAGGCAAUCAAGAAGAAAAUUCUGGAUGAGCUCGAUGGCGUUGCUCCGGAACGCUUGAAUCUCCUUCACCUUGACCUCACCUCCGAGAAAAGCAUCGCUUCCGCUGCGGACAGCCUCGCCCGUUCGCUCAGGGAGAAGAACUUGAACCACCCGUACAUUCACACCGCGUUUAUUACCGGUGGGAUGCUAGUGCCAGAGAAGAAACCUGCUGACCUCGACUUCGACGAGAUUCAAAAGACAUUUCAAAUCAACACCAUUUCUCAUCUCCUUAUCAUCAAGCACUUUGCCUGCUUCCUUCCUACCAAACCGCACCACCACCACCUUGACGUUCCUUCAAAAUGGAUCCACGUCUCCGCACGCGUCGGCUCCAUCGAAGACAACAGGCUUGGUGGAUGGUUUUCGUACCGGGCUUCGAAAGCCGCUCUGAAUCAAGUCGUCAAAACUUUCGACGUUUAUUUGCAACACCAUCCAAAUAUGCAAGCUAUAUGCGCUGGAGUUCAUCCAGGAACGGUUAAGACGGACCUCAGCAAGGCCUUCUGGGACUCUACAGAUAGUCUUCUGGAGCCCAUGGACGCUGCUUCUAACCUGAUCAAUGUCGUCGAGAACCUCAAAACCGAGCAGCGAGGACAAAUCUGGGAUUGGGCCCGACGACGUGUUCCAUGGUAG